AUGGCUGACCAUAAAGAAGGUCCAUUUUUGCUGAUAGAUGGUUUUAGACAACGAAUGUGUAAAUGCAGCGAGUGUUUGGCUCUUUAUGAAAGAAUGGGCUGUGAAUUUUUUGUUGAUAUCGACGACGACAUUGAGUUGUUCACCAAAGAGAACAUUGAGAAGACCGAGGGUGAGAAGGAGCCAGAUGACGAGACCAUUGUGAAUGAGCUUGUUCAAACUGCUGGAAGAGAUGCAGCUAUCCAUGUGCUAAAAGGUUUCAAUGACCUAAAACGUAACUUGCACCAAUUCAUGAAGGAAAAGCAAGAGGAAGGAGUAGGAGUGAUUACAGCUGAGCACGUCACCUCAUUUUUCGACAAGAUCAAGCGGAGCAGGGUGGAAGGCCCAUCGGGUGAUGAUUUUUAA